GUCCGGAGGGAGGCGGUGGCGACGACAGAGGGGCAUCCCCAGGCUUCCCCUCCUGGGUCCUGGGCGCCGGGCGCGAGCCCAGGACACAGAAACAACAGGGAUCGCAAGUGAGCAGGGAGUCCCUGACGCGCGAUCGGCGCGAUCAGUGUGAUCCGGAGCGAGACCUGAAGAGAUCAGUGCGGUGUCUGGGUGUCCGGGAGCCCAGAGCGGGAGGCUGGGACUGAGCCCUCCCUGCCGCCCCCACCCCGCGCCCGCCUCCCGCCCCCGCUCGCGGCCUGCAGCGCGCCUCCCUCACCGCCCAGGCACUGGAGAGCCGCUCGGGCCGAGCCGUGGGAGCCACGGACAGCGCCAGCUGCCGCUGCGGGAGCUACUCCGGCUGCACCAUGCGGGAGCUGGCCAUUGAGAUCGGGGUGCGAGCCCUUCUUUUUGGGGUCUUCGUUUUUACAGAGUUUUUGGAUCCAUUCCAGAGAGUCAUCCAGCCGGAAGAGAUCUGGCUCUAUAAAAAUCCUUUGGUGCAGUCAGACAACAUACCUACCCGCCUCAUGUUUGCAAUUUCUUUCCUCACACCCUUGGCUGUUAUUUGUGUGGUGAAAAUUAUCCGGCGGACAGACAAGACUGAAAUUAAAGAAGCCUUCUUAGCAGUGUCCUUGGCUCUCGCUUUGAAUGGAGUCUGCACAAACACUAUUAAAUUAAUAGUGGGAAGACCUCGCCCCGAUUUCUUUUACCGCUGCUUUCCAGAUGGGGUAAUGAAUUCAGAGAUGCACUGCACAGGUGACCCUGACCUGGUGUCGGAGGGCCGCAAAAGCUUCCCCAGCAUUCAUUCCUCCUUUGCCUUCUCGGGCCUCGGUUUCACAACAUUCUACCUGGCUGGCAAGCUGCACUGCUUCACAGAGAGUGGGCGGGGGAAGAGCUGGAGGCUCUGUGCUGCCAUCUUGCCCUUGUACUGUGCCAUGAUGAUCGCCCUGUCCCGCAUGUGUGACUACAAGCAUCAUUGGCAAGAUUCUUUUGUUGGAGGAGUGAUUGGCCUCAUUUUUGCCUAUAUUUGCUACAGACAGCAUUAUCCUCCUCUGGCCAACACAGCGUGCCACAAACCGUAUGUCAGCCUCCGAGUGCCCACUUCACUAAAGAAGGAGGAGAGGCCUACGGCCGACAGUGCACCCAGCUUGCCCCUGGAGGGGAUCACCGAGGGCCCCGUAUGACGGGUGUCUAGAGAGAAUGGACGCUGAGCCCCUGGCUCAUUCUUCUACCCUGUCAUAACACAGUGGAACGGAUGUCCUGUAAUGUGAUUCUCAUCAGCUACUCUCAAGUCCCCUCUGCUUCCAUUCUGUGGAUGGUGUUUUCGCCACUCUUCAUGUCUCCUUUCAACACUUUGGAUUUGUAAAGUUGGGACACCAGGACCAGUCUCUGAGAGACCCACGCACAAGGAAGGAGGAUGCAAGGACGGGGUGGGCAUGUUUGCUCAUCCAGUGAUUCCUUUACCUGAGGUGUUUGCUGUAGCACCCACCCUCCUCCAUGUUCAUGUUGUGAAACAUAAUAAAGUCUCCCACCCAGA